AAUCGCGUGUACCAAAGACCUAAACUGGUCACGGUCCGGGGCAGGGAGGUCCGGGGGGUGCGUCUGUGAGUACUGUGUACUGUGACUACGUGCUUUGGUAUAGAAAGUCUCUUGAUAAUGGAUAAUCAACGAGUGGACAGACGACGGGACAGACGGACCUGAAACGGACAAAGAGGAAAAAAUCGUCUGCUCGUCGCAGUUUGCAGUUCGCAUGCACGAAGCUGCUGCUCCAUCAAAAAUGUCAUUACCGAAAAAUUAUGAGAAUAUUUUGACAUUUUUCAUUUGCGCAAAUUACGGAAGCGAAACGUGUAAACGCAUUCGGGUCAUACACUGAGUGUGCGUGAAAAAACGUCAAUUAAAGUACGACGGGAACGGUCGGGUAAAUUUUUUCGGAGUGUCACUUCUGUUUGUGGGAGGAUUUUAAUUAAAAUAUGAUCACGAUUUGAUAGUCGGGUGUGGACAAACAAAGGAAAGGAAAAUACGAAAUUUUGACAAAAGUAGAAGACGAUAGAAAAAUGAAUAAAACUCGUGGAGUCGCGAAUAAAAGAGUCUCACAACUACCCAGUUGGCUGUGGUCUAAUUCCAAUGUUUUGCCCACACUGUACAGGCGUAUUUGGGAAUGUGUGAAAGAAGAGGGGCCUCAUCUGGGCGCCAGUCAAACCGAACUCUUGGUCGAUACCAAAAAAGUAUUUCCAUUGUUGUUAACGAGUCAAUUACCAACUGAAGUCUUGGGUUACAUUUGGGGUUUGGCAAACCAGAAGUAUGCUGGAAAAUUGACAGAACAAGAGCUUUAUGUGGUAUUGGCGUUGAUAGCUGUAGCUCAAACAUCUUAUCCAUUUACAAAUUUACAAGUGUUGCAUCUGCUGCCGGGUCCACCAGAGCCGAGACUUAAUUUAUCUCUGAUUCAUACAACCUUGUCCCUGCCGCCAACACUUGUUGCAUCUAACCAAGAUGCACUCCAACGACGUGAUGAUUGUGCGACAAAGCAUGAGGUUCAAGGAAGAUCCGUGCAUAGAUCUAGUAUAGCCUCAUGCGGAACAAUAUCAAUCCCUGGUAUUGUGCCCAAUCUUUCUGAUCCUGGAGAAAUUCAAUCUGAUUCCAAUACUCAAAUCUCAAGGCUACCAUCCCCCAUGACAGAAGUAACUUUAGAAUCAAGAAAGGCGGCUACAACAUCUCAAUUGGAUGGAAAAACUAUAAUCACUCAGGCCUGUUCAUCAAGCGAUAUGAAUGAUGAAUUCUCAGAUUUUCAAAGCGCGGCACCCUCCCAACAAGCACCCCAAAGUAUACCUAUGUGGGAUUCCAAACAAGGCUCGGCAAUUGGCAGCCGGCUUGCCAAUCAUAAUCUGGGAGUGAAAAAGUUGAGCGAAAAACCAAAGAGAGUUCUGUCCACUGGGUAUUCCAGCACAAAUAAAACUAAUAGCGGAUCAAGAAGUAUUCAUUUGGCACCUGAAAAAAUGAUUUUCACUCCUGUUAGUAGAGAAUUGCUUCCAAACAUUGAGCGAUUGGGAGAUAUUUUUUCUAAAUGUGCCCUCAAGAAUCAAGCUAAGACGGUGAUUUUGAAGGACACUGCUAUCAGAAACAAUGAUCCUCUCAGAUUGACGAGCGAACUGCAAGACAGUGCUCCCGUUGUUAAAAUUGAGACGCCGUCUAUCUCAACGAGAUCGAUUCCUGGUAAGACCGGACUCUCAGCACCUCCUAGAGAAUCUGCUAAUUUGGCGCAGGAUCUCAUGAAUCAUCAAGUAGAGGAUAAAUACAGUGCUCUAAGAGUUCUUGUUGAAAAGCCUAAUCUCGUGGAAUCGUCAAGAUCGAGUGUUGUCAUUGAACCAAACGGUGCCACGGGCACUCUCUCUCAGUCGGACGAUUUUGGUGAUUUCGUAUCAGCUGAACAACCUGAACCGGACAUAGAGGUCUUUUCCUCCCUGAAUUUACCAAUGAGUGCCUCGUCGACGUCCAGCCCGUACAAUACCAGCGAUUUUUCUAUCGAUUUCGAACGAUUCAAGACGACCAACGGAGUUAAAAAACAGAGCGAGACUCCCCCCGAUUCAGAAGCGAUCAGGCAAAUUUUUGGCAGUCUUGAUAUCGAACCCAAUCGGGAUGUUUACUUCACGGAAGAGAAGAAUGAGGCAACCGUUAAAGCAGAAAAAAUAACAUCAAAAGAAGAUACGAUAUCGGUAAAUAGCAUUGAACUAGUGAAUGGAUCGAACGAAGCUAUAAUCACGAGGUCGAAUUCCGUACCAAGUCUCGACCUCAAGUCAUUUUUAUCUCCAUGCAUAGAUGACGAGCAGCAGCAACACCAAGUGGAGGACAUGCAUCAGCUGAUUUAUUCGGAAUGGAAACAGUAUAUGGAGAGUUGCGUUCUCCUUUUACAAACCACAGCUAAUGUUUUUAGCGGUAUAACUUCGGAAGUUGUGCUUCACGAAGUGCUGACUUCGGCUCACGGUUACAAUUUCCUCUGCAAUUUAGCGGAAGUAGCGGCAGUUUGUAGGAGAGUCAAUUUUUCCCACAAGGAGAUGAAUAUCAAUAUAAUGGGUUUCGAUGAUAUUCUUAUGGACAUUGAUAAAAUUUGGGCCGAAAUGGAACCAUUUUACGCCAAUAUUCCAAUCGUUACAGAGUUACCGGUAUGGCCGUUGCAUCAGAACGAGAGUUCAACUUGUUGUGCCCUCUGUCUAACAGUCGUUACUAGCGGAAGAAUCGUCUACAAUGACAACAAUUAUCAUGUCACCUGUGCCAACUUAUGGCUAAAUUGUGUGAACCACAAUUUACCGACAUUGCGAUAUCCUCCUUCUUCAUCUCUUCUAUUGCAUUCAGUGCCAAUUGCCUCGGCAGGUAACAGUCAGAUCUGAUUGCUGAUCGAACAACAAUUAUUCAUUUCUUAGCGCACAAUUUGCGAUUGUAUUCUCUCCCUCAAUCAUUGUCUCUCCUUCAUUUUCAUUUGUUUACGAUAGAACGUCACAUGUAACUGUCCAAUUUAUUGUCCACCACAUUUCAGCGUCAUUCACCCACGUUCGUUAUUCGACUUCUUUCUAUCCCCAAUAUUAUUAUUUAUAUCGUCAACUAACGUAAAAAUUCGUGAAAACACAGUUCUUAAAAUAAAAAAAACUUAUAGCUUUUAUCGUUGGUUCGUAUUUCUUGGCCAAUGGCGUAACUUGCCUUUUCGGGCCCCAAUGCAAAAAAAAAAAAUUUACAUAUAACAUGCAGUCGCGACAAUUGCGUGGCUUAUUUAAUAAAAUGUUUUCUUUCACGAUUUUGCGCGCGCAAAAUCGUCAAUGAGUUUCGAGACAUCCAUCGUUUCCGCUUUUUCUGCCUCGAUGCUCAGUAGCGCUAAUUGCGAAAGCCAUUUCGCGGAUGCAAUGGUGACUGGAAUCGUCAAAAAGAGAAGCAACAACGAGUAGAUUUUAGAGAAACUCGGACUCAUGUAAUUGAAUUUAUUGAUUACAAGUUCUGCCAUUUAUUUGAUCUUGUACCCCGGAAUAAACACCUCUUAUCACGCUC